AUGCCACCCCCCCUAGGGCCUCCCCCGGAAAAUAUCACCGGGCUCUCUUCUAGUACCACCUUCGUCGCCCUUUUCCCUGGCUCGAAACUUUUGUCGAAGGCGGCAGCCGGGCGAGAGGUCCUAAGCCGGCUCGACACCGCGCUCACUUUUCGGCUGUGCGACUCGCGCCCUUCGGACCUGGAGCGCGCGGCGAGCUUCAUACGCGCCGGGGGUGUCAGCGUCCGCCCAGGCGAGACCCCCUCGGGGCGGCGGCGGUCGCUCCUGCAGGCUGCUCAGAACGGGACGGGUGACGAGAGCCUGACGCCCUUCAAGGUGGCGCGGAAGCGGUUCGAGGAGCCGGCGAACGUCAUGUGUGACGUCAGCAGUGGAAUCCUGGCGACGGCGCUCGGGGCAGUGGGGAGGCGGGCGGGAGCGGUUCCAACAAAUCAAUGGGCGUCACCUUCAUCGUGCUGCAGGUCCUUACUGUCCUACUCAGCGGCGUGA